AUGCGGUCGUACGCAGUUGCGGCAUUCUUCUUGGCGAGCGUGGUCGAGUCGUUCCACGUCAGUACCGUCGGGAGGCCGCAUGAGUUUCACAGUAGCAGAAGUAGCAGCAGGGCCGGUGCUUCGGUUUCGCCCUUGCUUAUGGGCGCCCCAUCGCUCCCAAGCGCCGAGAGCUUGAGGAAAACGGCUGCGAGCACGGCGGCCGCGUUGCUCAUCGCUUUCUCCCCUGCCGUGGCCUCGUACCAGCAUGCUUUCGCCGCUGACAGAGCCGGGGCGCAGGAGCUGUCUCCUGCGGAGAUGCUCGUUAAGAAGACGACUGACAUGCAGAGAAAGAGGCUGAAGGACGAGUCCCAAAAGCAGCUCCAGGGGGACGUCACUAUGCAGGAAGGGGAUCUUAUCGCGAGGGUUCUGGUAUCGAUCAAGCAAGACUUGUACGACCUGGGGGCUCCGGACACGACCGGCUUUCCUGCGGUGGACACCGACGAUGCGAGGCUGAUCGUGGCCGCCUUCGGUAAGGACGGUCCGCCAGUGGCGGCGAAGCGGCUUGCCGUCAAGGGGAGGCAGUUCCCGGUCACGGUUGAGCUGACCGCGGACGACCUGGCCUUCCCGUUGACGAAGGACGCGUGGAGGCUAGACAGCCGUUCGAAAGAGGACAUCGGGCUGGCCGUAGAGAUCGACCCUGACGGGAGGGCGGCCACGCUCGAUUCGGAGAGCCUGACGGGGUACGGCGUCAGCAAGCCGUUGCGCAUUGGGGCGCAGCUGGAGCGCACGGAGGCCGCCGUAGAAUUGGUCGCCAACCCGCAGCUUAAGGAGAGGGCAGAACAGGCACUGCCUAAUGAGGGUAUCCAGCAGCUCGAGCGCGUGGACGCGAUGCUGGACUACAAGGAGGCCAAGGCGCCGAAGGGCGGGAGGGCAGGAAGGCCCUUUGGAUGAUGCCUGAGUUAGCGCGUCACGGGGAGUUCCGUCGUGAGGGCGUGUGGGCGGCCGGUCGGGUCUUGGGGCCCCUGUUCGUUUUUGGGCGGCGUACAUUGGCUGGGCUGCUGCUGCUCGCUGGCGGGACCGCUAGGGCAGCGAGCGUUGAACUGGCGGUAGGGGGUCACGACGUAGGCGGGGGUGCAUGCAGCAGAGCACGAAGCUACCCCUGGCGGGGUGACGGGGCGACGCCAGGGGGCGGCGGCGGCGGUGAUAGCGAAGCUUAGCGUGCAAGGCGGAAGCCCGGUGUGUGGUGUCAGCAGCGACCUAUCACGGUGAUGCGAUUGUUUCGCGCGCAUGUAGGUGCGACCGUCCGCCACUGCUUGAUGUUGUGCUGAGCGUCCUGCCUGUUUUGCCUGCAACUUUAGAGGACGAUUUUCGUUCGGAUGUUUGGCGGCCUUUGAAUCUAUCUCCGCUGCUGGCCGUCAGAGUGUGGAGAGGUCUUGGGUUCAUGCUCGGUCCAGACGGCGAAAUUUGCAUUGUUUCGGUCCUCUCGACACUUGUAUUUAUCUUAUCCCACAGCGCUUUGGCUCUGGAUAGGGGAAAACGUGCAUCAAGCACGACAUGUUCACGAUAAUUACAUGCGAUCGGGUGCGCGUUGAUCAAGGGUGGACUUGAAAGUGCAUAACUUGGCGUCGGGGUUCGACGAAGGCUUGGGAAGAGAAUAAACAUGCGUCGAAACAACCCUCCCUGUCGUGUGCGAUAGGUUUGCUGUUUUUUUUUUUUUUUGCGUUGUGUCUUUUUGCGUGAACCGUAUUCUUUAGCCCUUGCCCGACCCGCCUCGCUGGCUAUUAGUGUGGGCAGCGACCUCACGGCAGCUUGACCGACGGGAGACGUGUGACUGCUGUUGUCUUGUUGGUGUUUUGCGUCGCCUUCUGCAUCGAUGUUUGGUUGGCGGUCGCUUGGGAACGCUGGGUAGCAGGACAGAGAGGAUACGGCAGCAGCAUUGGAUGAACGAGAGUGAGUGGUAGUUGUGGUAUAUGAGAGGAGACAAGGGCAAACGCCCGCGAGCGAAAAACUUAAAUCACAGGCCAAGAGCAUGAGGACCAGCGAUUUUUUUUUCUUCUUUUUCGUCGAUGUUCUUUAUCGCGUGGUUGCGUUGUUUGUUGUCGUGGGUACCCUCCCCCCCCGGAUCCCAGGACACGAUGGUUGCAGGUGGGGAGAAGGGCGGAAAUCGGGUCCGUCGCUUGGGUUUGAGGGCUGCUGUUGUACUUUUACUUGAAGUUUUACAACAAGGGGCAGCACGCACCUGUGUCUCCGUCGCCCGCAUUGCUACUCAAGUCUACUGCUGUACGCCCAGUGUAAGUUUGCGGGCAGCCGGUGUUUCGUGAAAGCUAUUCAACCAUCAGCGUUGAUGGUCCCAAUUUUCACCAACAAGCUAUUACUACUGU